AUGGACUUUCCUCCUCAUUUUGUCACCAUGUUCAUUGAAUGCAUUACCACUCCAACAUUCUCAGUUUCUGUAAAUGGAGAGUCUUGUGGGUAUUUCAAGGGCGCUAAGGGACUAAGGCAAGGAGACUCAAUAUCACCCUAUUUGUUCACCAAUGCGAUGGAGGUGUUUACUCAAAUACUGAAUAGAGGUUUCACUGACAAUCUUAUAGGACAUCAUCCAUCGGCUAUCACGCCUCAGGUAACCCAUCUAGCCUUUGCAGACGAUAUCAUGAUUUUUUAUGAUGGUGGGGUGAACCAGAAUGAAACCUCCCGGAACGCUUCCCUUGGUUUCAAUCUGGGUUCACUUCCCAUCCACUACCUUGGUCUCCCUCUAAUGCAUAGGAAGCUCAGGAUUUCUGACUAUCGGCCUUUGCUGGACAAGAUCACUGCUUAA